AUGGACGAGGAUUCUGAUUCCAGUCUGAGUCAGUUCGAAGAUGACGACGAGGCAGACGAUGAAGUCAACCAGUCGAAUCCCUGGGACCUGGACAAGCUUCUGUCUGAAGAUCACGUAGGUUUUGCCAUUUCUUAUUAAAGUUCGGUGUGCUUAAGAUUAAAAUGACUAAGUAGUUAUCAUUUCCCUAAUAAUUAAUGAGAAUAUCCACAACAUUUGUAACAGAAUUUCCGACGAAAAUACUGUGAUUUAUCUGUUAUAAUAAAUUCGGCCAUUCGCAGAGUCAUAAACAACACGUAGCUCGUGUCAAUAUUCACAAAGUGUACAUAUCCUCACUUUACAUGGCCCGCCUUCUUCGUCCAAACCUCGGAAUCACAGAUUCAGUCCAUUUGGUUUCAGGAAACAAAAGAUAUGUCAUUAUGGAAGAAGUACGCCCGCAUUAUCCUGCCCCACGUGGGGCUGAUUCUGAUAUCGUGCGUGUACAUUGUCGGUGGCGCCAUGAUAUUCUACGUGGUCGAGAGCCCUAAUGAAGUUAAUAUACGACGCGAGAACUUGUACUUGAUUAACAAACAGAAGGAGGAGAUGCUACGUUCUCUGUGGAACGAAAUGAAGGCCAACAAUCUCAGCCGUGGUACGUUCGCUAAUUACGUAUGGCCUUUAACCUUACGUUGUGGUCGUAUAUGUUCAUAAAUAACGUAUCUAUAUCAUAUCAAAUGCUUAUUAUAUAAAAACACAACUCUUAGUAAGUAAAACCUGAUUCACAGAAGAAGUAAACAUGCUGGCCAUGUCAUACAUAGACGAGAGUACCAGGAUUCUGUUCGACGCCUUCGACACCCAUUUCAUAACUGGAGUACAUCUUCGGAACAAAAGUGCUGUAGAGAAUAGUUGGACGGUAACGACUGCCAUUUUCUUUACUACUACAUUAUUGACCACAAUUGGGUACGGUAACCAAGCUCCUGUAACAACCCACGGUCGUCUUAUUUGCAUAUUCUACGCUUUGUUCGGGGUACCCCUGAUUCUGAUUACUGUAGCUGAUAUCGGAAAGUUUUUGUCAGAAAACAUAAUCUGGCUGUACUCAAUGUACACAGACCGAUGUAAGAAGAACAAGGACAACUACCAGCUACAGACGGAAGCCGAAGACGAAGAAAAGAAAGAGUUGGCGCAGGUAAAAAAAGAACGUUUCAUUUUUAUAUAAUACUUUAAUAUAAUUUUGCAUACUUAUGUUUCUCCUACUCCUUUACAAUAACAUUACUUCAGCUAGGACUAGAACAUUACAUAACAAUACCUAUAAUGUUGAUAGCUACUAUACUAUUGGGUUAUAUGAUGGUUGGUGCCAUUCUAUUAGCAAGAUGGGAACGAUGGAGUUUCUUCGAGGGAUUCUACUUCUCCUUUAUCACAAUGACAACAGUUGGAUUCGGCGAUAUCGUGCCAUUAAAGCAGGAGUUCUUCAUGUUUGAUCUCUUCUACAUUAUUGUUGGGUUGGCUAUCACGUAUGUCAUAUAGUUAGAUUUUGAAGAUAUUAUUUAGUUUUUUGCUCAUGUUAAUGCUUAUUAACCUAAUAUUACUUCAGAACCAUGUGUAUUGACCUGGCCGGCCUACAAUACAUUAGAAAGAUCCACUAUUUUGGUCGUGCUAUUAAAGAUGCUCGUUUUGCACUAGUUAAUGUUGGUGGAAAGAUGGUACACGUGUCCGACCUCAUGAAGUACGCUCAAGUACUACAACAAAAAUACGGCCAAAGCAAAGGUACUAUGGUGAUAAAACGAGGAGCAUACGUUCCCAGUGACAUCGCCAUAAUACGGUACAUUGAUUACAGUAAUAUAGGAUCUCUCAACAGCCUGAUUAGCCUCGUUUCCAGUGUAUUCUCGAAGACCAGUGAGCCCAAAAUGUUAUAG